CAGACGAGCACGCCGACCUAUUCUGGGUGCUCAGGGGCGGAUCCAACAAUUUUGGCAUCGUCACGCGCUUCACCAUGACAGCCAUUGAGUGCUCGGCUGUUUGGGGAGCCAUGACCAUUUUCCCCAAGCAGGUCAUCCCAUGCGCCAUCGACGCGUUUGUGGCCUUUACCGAAGGCGUGUGCGCCGACCCGGCGAGCAGCCUCGUGUGUGUCUUCACCCACAUGCCCGACUUCAAGGAGAUUUUCGUCGCCACCCUCUACGCCAACGUCGACGGAAUCGAGAAGCCGCCUGCCUACGACGGGUGGCGAGCCUUGCUAGAGAUGUUCAACUCGGUCAAGAUGACAUCGGUCUCUGAUAUGGCGUUUGAGUACAACACCCUAACAAACCAUCAGUAAGCCUCACCCCGCCCUCGUUUAGACUGCUCAGAUUUGAGAACAAAAUCCUGACUUGUGCAUAAUCAGCAACACGUGGUUCACGAUGGGUUCCGCAACGGUUCACGAUGGUGUUCCGCAACGGCGCGCGCAUCCUGGCCAAGGCCUCGGCGUCGCACGACGUGCUCGUGUCGGAGCUGCAGGCCUU